AUGGGCCGGUCUAGAGUUGAUCCCGCAGCCGCUGCGAAGGGCUGUAAAGGGGUCCGCAGCGGCAGCAUGUCACGCAAGGCCGCUGCUGCUGCCUUCGGGGUGAACGGGACGUCGCUGCUGCGGCGCCUGAGGUGUGAGUGCGCGAUGGACACGAAGGCUGGUCGGAACUAUAUUCCUCUCACCAAGGCAGACCUCCAGGAGCGUGUGAGACAGCUCUGGAACGACGGUCGGCCUAUCCCGUGGGACCCGGACAACGGCCCGGGGAGGGCCUGGCUCUCUGAUUCCCUCGGACGGCACGAGCGCAUCAACCUUCGACUCGCCCGCAUCUACGAGGCCAACAGGAUGACCUCUCUGGAAGAUGAGCGUGUGCACAAGUUCUACGACUUCUGGCAACAGUUCGUCCACGAGCACAAGCCGGAGCCCGACCACGCUUGGAACACGGACGAGUCAGGUGAGCAUACCGUAGUGAUCGGGGUCUUGGCACAUAUCGGGGUCUCGGCACAUAUCGGGGUCAUGGCGCAGGGUGUGCGGGAAAAAAGCGGGUUCCGAAUGAUUUGCUAGAUUACCGCACAGGUAUCGUCGACUCCGCGCACUGUGCGGAGACGCCAAUAUGUGCGGUGAGGUUUGGCGGUAAGUGAUACCCGUUCACCAGCAUCUUGUGCUGGAAAUUCCGGAUACUGUGGGAGCUUGAAUCGCGUGCUCCACUGCUACUGCCGCCCUUGGCACCAUGACGAUGUUCAAAAAUGUGGUAUUUGUACUCUUUGUUCUCUUCUUUUCGUUCUGAAGAAUCAAGAUCGGCA